AUGGCCGACAGUUUCUCGCUCAAUGAUGCCUUGUCUGGGUCUGGAAACCCAAACCCUCAAGGAUGGCCUGGUGCAUGGGGGAACCAGCCUGGGUCUGGGGCAGGGGGCUACCCAGGAGCUUCUUAUCCUGGGGCCUACCCCGGGCAGGCACCUCCAGGGGCCUACCCUGGACAGGCACCUCCAGGAGCUUAUCCUAGCCCAGCUGCACCAGGAGCUUAUCCUGGACCGACUGCACCUGGAGCUUAUCCUGGACCAACUGCACCUGGAGCUUAUCCUGGACCACCUGCACCUGGGGCUUACCCAGGACAACCAAGUGCUCCCGGGGCCUACCCAAGUGCUCCAGGUGCUGCCCCCUAUGGUACCCCUGCUGGACCACUGAUACAAGUCCUGGUUGAACCUGACCACUUCAAGGUUGCUGUCAAUGAUGCUCACUUGUUGCAAUACAAUCAUCGGAUGAGAAAUCUCAAGGAAAUCAGCAAACUGAGCAUUUCUGGUGACAUUAACCUCACCAGUGCUUCAUAUGCAAUGAUAUAAUCCACAAAGGGCAUAUCUUUAAAUCUAAAUCCUAUACAGUUAAAGGCCUCACAUUCACUGUAAGUGAAAAACUCUUCACUUAUUCAUCAGUACCCUCUUGUAAGCCAUCCAUUUAAUAAAUAUUCUAUGCUACA